AUUCAUCUUGUAAAUUCUUCAUUUUUGACUGCAAACAAAAAGUAAAAAAAGUGAAUAAACAGUAUAAGAACAUAAUUAACACAUAUAUAUACAGAGAUUCUCACGUUUAUGUGUGUGCUUAUAUAUAAGUAUUGAGAGAGAAAGGAAAAAUUUCUUAAUCCAGGGAUUUUGCAGAGCUAGAGAGAGAAAGAAGAGAGAAGGAGAAGAGGAAUGGCUUCAUUCGAUGCGUUCAGUAUGGACGGUGAGUCGCCGGCACCGGCACCGGCGGCAUCAACUCCGUUCGACGACGGAGACUACGGCAGCUACGAAGAAUCCUCUUUCACGCCGCCGUACCACGCCUCUGGCGGAUUCGGUGGAGAGUAUGAGGAGGAAGUGACGGUGGAACACGUUUCUCAUACCGUCGAUAGUCCCGAUCCCUAUGGGUUCGGGUCGGAUAACCAAACCGAUCCAUUCGGAGCUCCGAUCCCGAAUGGGAAUGGUAAGCCCUACGAUCUAGGUGAUGAUUCUGAGGGAAUUUUCAGCUCCGAUGGACCCGUCCUUCCUCCUCCUAAUGAAAUGCGCGAGGAAGGUUUUGCACUCCGCGAAUGGCGUAGGUUUGUUCUACUUCAUUCCUAUUUUAUUGCGAAUUUAUUCUAAUUCACUAUAUUGCCA